AGAGACCUGUAAGGUGACUGCUACUGGACUCACUGAGGGAACUAACUAUGUAUUCAGAGUUAUGGCUGAGAAUAAGAUAGGACUAGGAGAACCAGUGGAGCUCUCACAGGGCAUUGCACCCAAAAGCAAGUGUGUUGUACCCGAUCCUCCUCAGACCCCAGUUGUUGAUGACAUCACAGCCAAAACAUGUGUUGUGACCUGGCAACCACCAUUGAACGAUGGUGGCGCCCCCAUUCUUGGUUACCACAUUGAACGCCAUUUAACAAGCAGCACAAGGUGGAUCCGUAUCAGCAAAGACCUGGU